ACUUUUACUUGAGUGUGGUAUUAGUACUUAAUUUGAAGGAUCUAAAUACUUCGUCCACCUCUGACAUACAGUUAGUGUUAGUGGUACUUGAGGUUUUGAGUUCAUGAUGGGGAAACAGGAUAAACUAACUGACGGGAUGAACAGAUGAUACUGAACUGAACGUUAUGUGGCGCUGUCAUCGCUCUUGUCCCUACUGAGACACCGACAUCGCGCUGGUGUUAGAGGGGCGGACAGUUAAACCCCCACAGACAUUAUUAGUGACACAAACACACACUGCGGAUCAACAGACCUCUGCUGCUGCUCACGGACAAAAUGUGGCUUCGAGAUGAGCUUCUGAAAUCUAUAUGGCACGCAUUCACAGCCCUGGACGUGGACCAACGUGGAAAAGUUUCCAAAUCUCAGCUGAAGGUGCUGUCUCACAGCCUGUGCACAGUGAUGAAGGUCCCUCAUGACCCUGUGGCCCUUGAACACCAUUUCAAAGAUGAUGAUAAAGGGCCUCUGUCCAACCAGGGCUACAUGCCGUACCUCAACAGGUUUAUUCUUGACAAGGUACAGGAGGAUUUUGAUGUAUUGGAGUUCAACAAGAUAUGCUGGACACUGUGUUACAAGAAAAAUAUCUGCACCAAACAUCUACUCUUCUCAGAUGACGAUGCUUUCAAAGUCUGGUGCAUUUUUAACUUUCUUUCAGAAGACAGAUACCCAUUAGUCAUCAUUACUGAAGAGAUUGAGUACUUGCUGCGAAAGCUGAUGGAGGCCAUGGGGAGCGGAUGGAGUAAGGAGAAGUUUGCAGAUUACAAGCUGCAGCUGAACACAAAGAAGAACUGCCUGACUGCCUGGGAGCUGAUUGAACUGCUGGGGAUUGGUUACUUUAGCAAGGGCAUGAACCGCCAGACCCUGUCCAUGGGCAUCAACGAGGUCUUCCAGGAACUCAUACUUGAUGUGCUCAAGCAGGUUAGACAAGACGUUGAUCUCCCUUUUACAGAUCCAGUUUUGAUUUAUUCAAAAGAAAGACGCAUGCUCUAAGCCGAUAGUGCACUCACAGUAAUAUGUUAUAUAGAUUAAAAGUCAUUUAAUCUGUGUUUUGAUCUUCAGUAGACAAUGUGCAA